AUGAGCUUGAUUGCGACGUGCGUGGGCUACCUCACGCCAAUCUUCAUCAUCCUCUCGCCCAUCCUCUCCUAUGGCGACCAGGCCCUAUCCAUGCACCGCAAGAAGACCAGCGCGGGCUUCUCUCUCGACAUUCCCUUGAUUAUGCUCAUCGCCUCUUUUUUCAGGAUCUUCUACUGGCCCGGCGCACGAUUCGACUCGAGCUUGUUGAUACAGUCCCUAAUCAUGGUGGGCAUGCAAAUCGCCCUCCUCAAGAUUGCUCUUGAUCACCGACCCUCUCCGUCAAACAAGGGCGGAGAGGCCGGACUGCCGUUUGCUGCCCCAGAAGGUCUUUUCGCUCAGAGGCCGUAUAAUUUCUGGCAGUGGAGGUCGCCCAAACCGUACUGGCAAUUCAUCCUUUACCUCUUCUUGGGCCUGCUCGCUGGCGAAAUUAUCAUGUCCACCAUUUCACCCGGCUAUUAUCCUGCAUAUUCCGUGCUGGUCGGGUACAUCGGCCUAUCCGUCGAAGCCACGCUCCCGAUUCCGCAGAUUCUCGCCAAUCUGCAGUCCAGGUCCUGCAAAGGCUUCCGGGUGUCUGUCCUCGCGAGCUGGCUCGGAGGCGACGCCAUGAAGCUUUUCUGGUUCUUCACCGCCACGAGCGAGAUCCCGCUGGCAUUCAAGAUUUGCGGCAUCUUCCAGGCUGUGUGCGACUGCUUCCUGGGGAUUCAGUAUCUGAUGUUUGGAUCGGGCGAAAGCAGUGUCAAGGAGCAUCCGCUGCAAGACGUUUCAGCCCACGAAACCGGAGCGCAGCCGCAGAGCAGGAGCAUGACGCCCACACGACGGUCUGCUCCGUUUAGCGACUACGAGAGGAAAUGA